ACAACAGCCGAGGCAACAACCACUACUGCAUCUCCCACAACCACAACACCGACUCCAACAACCACAACAGCAACAACCACAACAGCCGCACCAACAACCACGACUGCAACUCCAACAACCACAACAGCCGCACCAACAUCCACUACUGCAUCUCCCACAACCACAACAGCGGCACCAACCGCCACAACAGCAGCACCAACAACCACAACAGCCGCGGCAACAAUCACGACUCCAGCUCCAACAACAACAACACCGACUCCAACAACCACAACAGCAAGAACCACAACAGCCGCACCAACAACCACGACUGCAUCUCCAACAACCACAACAGCCGCACCAACUUCCACUACUGCAUCUCCCACAACCACAACAGCAGCACCAACAACCACAACAGCAGCACCAACAACCACAAAAGCAGCACCAACAACCACAACAGCCGAGGCAACAACCACGACUGCAGCUCCAACAACAACAACACCGACUCCAACAACCACAACAGCAACAACCACAACAGCCGCACCAACAACCACGACUGCAGCUCCAACAACCACAACAGCUGCAACAACAUCCACUACUGCAUCUCCCACAACCACAAUAGCGGCACCAACAACCACAACAGCAGCACAAACAACCACAACAGCAUCACCAACAACCACAUCAGCGUCAGCAACCACCACAACAGCAGCACCAACAACCACAACAGCCGAGGCAACAACCACAACUGCAUCUCCCACAACCACAACAGCGGCACCAACAACCACAACAGCAGCACAAACAACCACAACAGCAUCACCAACAACCACAACAGCCGAGGCAACAGCCACGACUGCAUCUCCAACAACCACAACACCGACUCCAACAACCACAACAGCAACAACCACAACAGCCGCACCAACAACCACGACUGCAGCUCCAACAACCACAACACCCACAGCAAAAACUACAACUGCAGCUCCAAUAACAACAACACCGACUCCAACAACCACAACAGCAACAGCAACAACCACGACUGCAGCUCCAACAACCACAACAGCCGCACCAACAUCCACUACUGCAUCUCCCACAACCACAACAGCGGCACCAACCGCCACAACAGCAGCACCAACAACCACAACAGCCGAGGCAACAACCACGACUGCAUCUCCCACAACCACAACACCGACUCCAACAACCACAACAGCAACAACCACAACAGCCGCACCAACAUCCACUACUGCAUCUCCCACAACCACAACAGCGGCACCAACAACCACAACAGCAGCACCAACAACCACAAAAGCAGCACCAACAACCACAACAGCCGAGGCAACAACCACGACUGCAGCUCCAACAACAACAACACCGACUCCAACAUCCACAACAGCAACAUCCACAACAGCAACAACCACAACAGCCGCACCAACAACCACAACAGCCGAGGCAACAACCACUACUGCAUCUCCCACAACCACAACACCGACUCCAACAACCACAACAGCAACAACCACAACAGCCGCACCAACAACCACGACUGCAGCUCCAACAACCACAAAAGCCGCACCAACAACCACGACUGCAGCUCCAACA